GCCAUUUCGAACCGCCAAAAACCCUUGCAUUCGUAGCAUUAUUAAUAUUGUAUACCUAUAUGUUUAUAACAUUUUAUAUUUGUUUCGCCGAAGUUAGCCAGAAGUGAAUUGAACCAACGCGACUACGAUCUUAUCUCAUUCCUGGUUUAUGGUACAGAAGCCACCCGUACUGUCUUUGCACAGUAAUUAACCUAAACUACUGCCAUUUACUAAAAAAGACGUUUUCUUUUUUUAUAUAGAGCAAUUGUUUGCUCAAUUUCUCUCUUUUCACCAACACAAAGCCACAUUGCACCACUUCUUACAGGCUUUACAAAGUACGAAAUCAAUUUGAGGCAGAUUUCGUUCCCUGAACAUUUCUUUUGUAUGUUUUCACAUCGUCUGUCAUUAAUUUCUGUAACCUAGCUCACAGAUAUCCUGGCUUCAAAUUUGUUCGUUACUUACUUCAUACGCAAAGAGUCAUUUUUCUGCUUAAGAUGGGAAUUAGUAUUGACGGAGAAAAAUAUAUCCGUAAUCUAGCUUCUUAUAUCUAUACUCACGAAAAACGUUUAGCAAAUGCUUCCAGCCAAUUUACCAGUACUUCAAUUUUCAGCAGCCAGCCAGUUCGAUUGCAUCUCACCCUCCACCAUUUAUACUUCUUAUUGACUCAAUUUGAGGAAAUCAAUGUGAAUACGGGCCCUCUUAAUAUCCGUAUUGAGAAUCUGCAUUCCGAGGCAUUUCCAAGCGACUACACUUCUUUCCUCAGAAAUCGAGCAUCUAGAAAAGUAGACUUUGAUGAUAAUAUGAGCAUGAAGAGCGUCGCCACCAUUGGUAGUAUGCUUUCUCAGGUGUCUUCCAUGUGGAGCCGGUUCUCAACUGCUUCAAACGAGUUCACGGAGCAUAGAAACAGGCUAAAGUUACUUUCUUUGCUGCGCUAUAUUUAUUCUUCUUUUACCAAACUCCCCUUUUUAAGCCUUGUCCAUAACCCGAAAGCAAUUCUAAUCUCUCAGUUUGAAGAGUUUCCUCUAGAUACUGCAGUGCCCAUCACGGUAUUUAAGAACCUAUCUUCUUUGGAAGUUCGCGGUUACGAUGUAAGAUCCAUCUUUGGAUGGAAUUGUCUUUCAAUAGGUUUGAAAAGCUUAAUUCUGCAUCAUUGUGAUCUGGUGGAUUUGUCCGAGGUGUUUAUCAAGUUGGUCCUUGAUGAUUCUGAUCUAUACCGGUUUCGUUCAUCUAGACAACAGCAAUUCGGUCAAUCCUCCUCUACUGUCAAUCAAACUCGUUCUCCAACAAUGUCGAUGAAUCUCCGGCGCUCUGUCUCGCUUGGGUCAAAAGAUCAAUCAAGUCCACAGCAUUCAAAUAAUUUCCACCGCACCCUGUCUCAGUCUGUAUUAGUUUUGUCAAAAGAAGGCGUUGAUUCUUCUAAUCUUAGUGUCAAAAGUAAUGAGCAGUUAUCCGACGCCCAAAGUGUAUUGUCAUCCCAUGCUUGGAGCCAACUCCUAUAUUUUCGCUGCUCUAAUUGCAACCUUAAGUAUAUAUCCGAAAAUACAUUUCUACCUCUUGUCUCCCUUUUAUCUUUGGACUUAAGCGGUAAUCAGCUUACCGAAAUUCCCUCUGCUUUGGCUGAACUGCCGCAGUUACGCUCUUUAAACUUGGCUUCCAAUAAACUCGAUAAUUGUCGUACUUUCUAUCAUAUAGAAAUACCUAAUCUACAAAAUCUUGUCCUUGCGUGUAAUCAAUUGAAGGAUCUGUCGGGUUUGGAAGCUGUUCCUUCUCUGGAAAGAUUCGAUGUUCGGGAUAAUUUGAUUGUUGAUCCAGUUGAAUUCCGUCGCCUCAUUGGAAAUACAAAUUUUGAAGAAGCAUAUAUAGCUUCAAAUCCAUUUAUAAAGACUCAUUCCUCACAUCGAAUUAUGAUUUUCAAUUAUUUUCGAGAGUUUCCGGGGUCUAAAGAUAUUUUGCUUGAUGGACGAGGACCUAGCAUGCUUGAGAGAAUAUAUUUAUCUGAGAAGGCAACCCCAAGUACGAGCCAAGGUGGCCAGCCCUCAGGAGGGAGCGAUACAAAUGCCGUCAUUCAUCCUACAAAGUCUACUUUGAAGAAAACAAGCAAAACAAGGAUUGUUGAUUUGUCGUUACCCCCUGCCAACGUUUCUCUUGCACGUCCAGAAAGUGAUAUUAUAUCUACUCAAUCGGGAUCCUCCAUUACUAAACCUGGAACCUCAGAAUCUAGCCAUGAUGCUGGAGAAUUAUUUCGAAAAAAGAUUGAAGCUUUGCGUCAGGAGGCAGGUAAUGAGUGGAUAGAAGCUUUAGUACAAGAAAGCUUGACGAGACACAAAAAUCAUACAGAGCAAAGCUUGAAAUAAAUCGUAUCCUUCAUGUUACUUAUGCUCAUGGAUAAUGCCACUUAAUCUACGAUUCUAAUUUCUCUUAUGGACAUGAUGUAUUGGUUUUUUUUUAUUUAUGAUAAUUUUUACUUUUAUUUAUAGUAUCCUUCUGAAAUGUACAUAAGGUUUCUUCUUUUUUUUCGAGUUUAUUUAAGUUUCAUUAUAUUGCUGGAUAUACUAAUCCCGGACGUUACAAGUUAUUUUUAGGUGUGGUUCAAUCGGUUCCUGACAUUGUUAAUUGAAACUGAGGUUGACUAUGCGGCUUCCUAUCACCAAUUUUGUUUAUAGAAACGACGUCCCCGUAAUACUUGGCAAGGAAAUUUAUCACACUUCUGUAUACUCGAAAAAAGACUCGUCUGUUCUCUUUAGAAACAAUACGUGGUUUUCAUCGCAUAAUGUGUUGCAAGCACAAUUUGCUCUGCUUUUGAAACCAUUGUUAUGGCAUCUCUGUGAAAGAAUGCUGUUAAAUUUUUCCUUGCUCUUUUCCUUAGUCCCCGCUGAUCUCCUUUAUUUUUGUUGAGUGUAUUUGAGUUUAAUCCAGUUUGUUGUUUGAAGUUAUGGACAUGAAGAAGGCAAGAUCUGCCUUCCUGUUAAUCUAAACCAUUGAAGAAAUACGUUUUAUUUGAAAGUAUUCCCUCAAUAGUUACGAGCUUGUGCAUGAUAAGAUGAAAAACAGGCUUGUAUAGAUGGAAUUUCUGUAAAUAUAUUUCUUCCAUUCGUUAGCCUAUCAACUAUUUUUUUUAAAAUUGAUUUUGUUUCAGAUCUUCAUAUUUGGGUUAAGCUCCUUACGUUUGCAAGCCUCCGGUGUAUUAUGUUUGUCCAAACUUAUUAAUGAGAUAUUAAAACUAUCAAACGGUCCUUCCAGCUUUUUUUAAUGCCCUAUAACCAUGGAUACAACAAAAACACUAUAAUAUAUUUAAAAAAUAUUAAUUAUAGAAAAC